GGCGCGCGUGCGUGGGAGAAGCGCUAGUCCGUCACUCGGCUGCAACGAUCCCCCUGUGAGGUGAAGCCUCUUGUGAGGUCCGGUGGGUUCCAUGUGACUAGCGGCGGGUUUUCGUUAGAAAGAACAUGGAGAGGCAGCAGUGGAGAAAAGGCCAAUUAAAGAGAGAGUAGCAGCGACUCAAGCGACCCCCCGCCUCCCCCGUUCUCCCCGUCCUCUCCCGCCAUGUCCGUAUCCAUGGGCAACCCACUCCAGCGCCGGCGCUCUCUCGGCCCGGUCUCACCCAAACGCAUCUACAGAAACCUGUCCGUCAGACUGAGGGGUGGCGAGUCAUCUGUUGCCAAGGAAACGGACGUUCCCAGACGCCCGAGGAAGCCUUCAAACGCUUACCAGACCCUGUGGGAGGCAGUGGAAAACGAGGACACCCUGGCUGUACAAAGCCUGCUGUCCAGAGACAACGUCCACUGUGGAGGAGGAGGAGGAGGAAGCAGCACAAGGGAAUGUGGAGAGAAGAAAGAGAAGACCUGGGAGAAGGAUAGGGGGGUGAACAGGGUGAGCGAACAGGGCCUGGUCCCCCUGGACGUGGCCGCCCUUACCCACAAUUCCCCUCUGCUCCACGUGUUGACCAAGGCGGGGGCCAGCCAUAACCCUGUUUUGUGCCGGCCAGCAGAGUGGGCCUUCAAGCUGGAUGCUCUGGUGGCUCUGGCAGGCCAACGGGUGGAGGAGAGGAAGAAUGAGUUGGUGAAGAAGGCCGGCUCGGGGCCUCAGGCACAGGUCGAAGUCCACAGAAGCAUCUGUCUCUGGAGCCUGAGGCUGCAGCUGUACUGCCGCAUGAGACGCAACUUCCAAAACACAGAGCUGCCCGGGCCUCCCAGUCACGUGUCCAUAGUGGUGACCAGCGCGUCCUCUCUGUAUGUGGUCAUCAAAGAGCCAGAGGGGGACGCCAUCGGGCUCAUCACCCGCUACCGAGUGGAAUGGAGCACCUCAGCCAGCUUCAAACGCAUCCUGGGCUCACCCCAAGUCCUAGAGACCAAGAACCCUUCCUACAGCAUCAAGGGGCUCACAACAGGAGUGCAUUACUUUGUGAGAGUGAGCUGCUAUAACGUGAAAGGAUGGGGCCCACCUCAGCGCUCCGCUCCGGUCAGCGCCGCCCCCUCCAGUUGGAGAGAGUGCAUCGGCGUGAAGUCACAGUUCAGAAACCACGAGGACCUCGUGAGGAAACUGUUGGUCGAUGCCAGAGAACCACAUUACAAAGGAUUCUGCAUCGAGAGCCCCAAGCCCCAGAGUCCCAGCAAGCGGCUGUCUGUGUCUCGAGGCAUCAAACAACUGUUCCAGUCCGCCACCAAGUUUGUUCGUCUCCUGCAGAGGGGCGUGUACUUGGCUACUGUGUUCUAUCACAAGGAAAACAUCCUGGUGACAGCUGAAGAUCAAAUCCCACUGGUGGAGAUCCAGUGCUGCUCCACCUCCAUCAUCCAUGACUUCCUUUGGUUUGCCAAGUUAUCCUGUGCAUGGCACCAAGUGCCCUGGCUCCAGCAGGCCCUGUCCUCUGCUCAUUCAUCGUCCUCCUCCCUCCUUCAGAACAGACACAACAUUUUAAGAGCCAUUUCCCAGCUGCAGUCUUCCCUGGGCACAAUGGACCUGGGCCAGGUGUACUAUGAACCUCUGAAAGACCGGCAGGGCAACGUUGUGCUGGUGACUCUGAAGGAGUUCCCAAACGCGCCCAGCCCCCCAGAGCCUCCGCUCCACUGGAUGCCCCUGGCUCGCCUGGAGAAGAACCGCGGCAGAACUCCUCUGGUGCCCGAGCCCACGGCCAUGGACAUGCUCUACGACCAGCUCAAGGAGAAACUGACCCUCCACAGGCACAGCAUUCAGUGCGCCAAGCCGGGUCUGUACGUCGGCAUCCUGAAGCUGUGCAGCUCAGUGGAGCAGAUCCGGGUCCUGGUGCCCCAGAGGCUGCCCAAUGUCCUCUGCCACACACGGGUCCGACACAACGCCCACGUCUCCAGGGAGGAGUGGGCAUGGCUUCAGAGUCAUGUGUACACCACGACCAAUGGCUGCGCUGCGAACCUGCUGAGCAGCGAGGACGACAGCGCCCUGGAGAGCGGCGCGCUGGGGGAGUUCAUCAUGUCUCUGAGAGUGGCCGUCACACACCUCCUGACGAAGCUCAACAUCCCCCUCUACAGGGCGUAUCAGUACGGCGUGUACACCCGGGAGCUUCUGCACUUUGGGGACAAGCUGUCCAUGCUUCUGCUGCUGCCCCCCAGUGAGGACUUCAGCUCCAGCUUCUGGCCUCUGGUGGGGACAAAAGAGCUCGGACUCACCAUGCCCCUGCAGAUCUUUGAGCUGGUUCACUUCUGGACCUAUGAGCGCGACUUCCUGUCCCAGUACUGCCAGGCCUGGGUGAGGCUGGAGCUGGACUCUCAUCUGGCCCAGCAGGCCCUGCGGGAGGCGCUGGACACCAAGGAGGUGCAGGAAGCCCGGGAGCGGCUGAAGCACAUCACGGAGCUUUCCCAUCGGCUCGAUGUGGUGUGGAGGGACGCCCGCUGGAUCAUGGACUGUCUGCAGUGCGUCCGCUCCAAGCAGUGGGUCGGCGCGGUGCCUCUCGGCCUGGUGAUGGGAGGAGAACCGCCGCCGUGUCCGGAUGGGCAGGAGGAGGAGGAGAGCUUGACUGCCAGGCUGACGUGGCCCCAUCGCAUCCAGGCACAGAGAGCCACCGCAGAUUCUUUAGCUGGCGGGACUCCAUCCAGCAUCGUGUCCGCUGAGAUCGCCACCCCAUCAGGGAUCAUGGUUGUCCCUGCAGAGGCCACGCUAUUGAUGGAGGGCGUCGCGAAGGGAGGGUACCCUUUAGACAUCAGCCAAUCCAGUGUCGACCUGACGAGCCUCGGCCAGUCAGAGCUCGGGUUGGCCAGCGCUUUGGUCGAAUCCGGCCUGGAGCCCGGCGCCGUCGCACAGUUUGAAGUGGGGGGCGCGGCUUUAGAAGCACAGGAGUCGUACAGCGGGGAAGAGGACUUUGCGGCGAGCCUCACUGAGGUAAUGCGGCCAAUGGAGAUGGCAGAGCUGGUGGACAUCUUGCCAACGCUGAACCUCAUUGAGGAGGAGGCCCCCAGUGGCCCGUCUACGCCCUCAGUAUUGGACUUACUGGAGAGCUUUGGGCUGGGGAUUGGUGAAAGCGACCCCUUCUUUGAGUUUGAGAACUCAGCCGGUGGCGUGCGGCAGCCCGACCGGCUCCGUGGCGGCAGCGUGAAGGAGGCUCCCACAGUCGCAGGUGUGCCUGGCUCCAGCUGGGAGCCCCCUCCGGGGGACACGGAGCCCCCGCAGGUUCCCAGCAAGGGAGCGAGCUUUCCACCGAGAAACCAGGUGGAGUGGGACAGAGCGGCUGACAGUGCGUCCUGAUAACAGCUCGAGCACCAGCCGCCCACGACCUUUGGUCCACUGAAAAAACAGCAGAACAGCUGAUUUACAAACAGAAGAGCCCGGCUGUGUGAAUGCUGUGUAAAUGGCUGGGAACUGGUAUUUUUACUAACUGUCCACUUAACCGCCGGGGAGAUCUACGACUUCAUACAACACGCGAUUGAUGUUAUUUGCACAUUUCUGGCCCUGUAGUUAAGCUCUAAUGUCCAUUAUAGCGUAUUGUUUAGGGAGCUGCAGUAGUCCUUAAAACCCCAUCACUCACCACUGCACAAAGCAACGUUACUGCUGGAUGGAGCUCGUAAACAAACUCAUUAGAAGCGCACUCGCUAAAAAGCGAUUAUACUCAACAUGUAAUUGAAUUGUUUCCUCUUGGUUUACCUGUUUGCACUUUUCACAUAACAAAACAUGCUAAAGGUUGACUUUACAUGAUUUGCCGUUGUUCUACCAGUUUGCCAGUUCUGAUUUCAGAGUUCAACAUCAAACUGAAGCCUCGAUAUCGAAAGACAAAAGAAAAGCAAUUCAGAUAAGAGAGAAACGUUGAAGACAAAUGUCAGUGAUGCCAAACUCAAGAUGUCUACCUACAGUGCUGAGAAGGACAUAGAGGAGGGUUUUUUUAAUCCCUUUCCAUUUCUUUAAGGAUGUUCCUUCACUACAAAAGACCUAUUCACAGUUGUUCAAAAGUACUCAUACUUGCCUACUAUGUAGCGUACACGUUACCACAGAUGUUUUUUGAGUCUUUGUCGAGGAAAAUGUGCAACACCUAAAUUCACACAUUCCUGUCAGAUGGGUUUUGCUUUGGAGAUUUGGCCUCACACAGAGUCCGUGUUCUGAAUCACAGGCAUACUAAAAAACAAACACGGUAGCUUCUUAUAGCUCAGCGCCUUGUUAAUUAGGAGUUUUGGUAGAAAUAAGAUGACUGCUCAUGAAUGAUCAUUCUGUGGUCCACUGGGUCGACACAGGCCACACUGUCGUGGAUAAUCCUAUUAAAUACUGCCCGUGAUCAGAAACCGCUUCAGCCUUCCAUGUUUCUCUUCCUAGACUUUGACUUCUUGUGUAAAGGAAGGAACGUCUGUACGUUAAGAGUACCACACCUCAAGGCCCUGCUGGCCAUGAUGUACUCAGAGGUUUUCACUUGUUUUAGAGGUUUGUCAUGACAUCCUCGAACUGACAUCCUCGAACUCGAAGUCUAGAUGCACUCGUUAAGGCCACACAACUCAUUCUUACAGAUUCUUUGAUGACGAUCGUGGUUCAGUGUGGUUGGCACAUUAAUCACAUCCUAGUGAUAAAGUAAAAAUAUGAGGGACAACUAUUUGGUAUUUUUUGUCAUGUGAUGUAUUACAUUUUCUACAAAUAAAUUUAGUGGCAGUUCUUCCUAACAUUCAUAACAAGGCAUUUUUUCUCUUUUUCUAUUUCGUUUUUUCCAUUAUGAUAAUUGUUGUUACCCAUCACCGGUGUCACUGAUGAGCUUGAUCGUUUUAAUGAUCUAACACGUUAUAUUCUCAUAGAGCGACCUCCAUGGCCUCCGAGUGAUUCAUUGUGGGUUGAUAUUAGAAACACUCCUGUCUAGUUUGAAUUAUGUUGUUUGAGUGUCUACUGCCCCCUAGUGGCCACAUCCAAGAACUACUACACCGAGUCAUCGUCAGCAUCUCCUGCUUCCAGUGUUUGGAUGAUCACGACGAGGAUGACGCGCACAGCAGUCGGUUUGUCCAGCGUACUGGUGAAGAGCUAUUUAAAUAACUUGUGACUUUCCUUCAGGUCGUUUUCAUAUCAGCGGAUUAAUAGCGCUCCUCUGCUCUGCAGCGCCGAUGCCCUCUGCGGUUUGGCGCUAUUUCAAUGACAAACGUCUCAGUCGCAGAGGAAACCUUGGACACUGCCUCUUUUAAGUUGGGUCAGGCCAGGCUAAAGAAUAUAUGCUGCUUCCUGCUAGGAUGUCGACAUCUGAAAAUGCUGCGUCACAUAAAGUUGGUGAGGCAUCGGAGGCUGAACCCCUGAGGAUUGUUCUGUUGGGGAGGACAGGAGCAGGCAGGAGCUCAGCGGGUAACACCAUCCUGGGCAGGUCGGCCUUCUGGGUCGCCUCCUCCCCCGGUUCGGUCACCG